AUGUCUGUCUUUUUACCUAUAGAUUUGUGGGUUGAAGUCCUCGCCAAACUUCCCGCAAAGUCAAUCUUCCGCUGGGCCACCGUUUCAAGAUCAUGGUACUAUCUCAUCAAAACUCCUUACUUUAUCUACACGAACCUCGAUUUCAAUUCCCAGAACGAUACCCGCAUUUCUUGCAUCCUCAUGCGUAGUUGCGUUAAACCAAGAGGAGAAAUCUACGAGUUCUACGAUGACAAUGAUUGUAAUUUAACUAAAUUUGUUGAGUUUAGAGCACCGUUCAAGGCUGAGAACCUAUUUUUCAGAAUUAUUGGAUGUUGUAAUGGACUGAUAUUCCUUUUUGAUGACUUUUUCAAGAACCAUCACGAUAUGAUUAUUUGGAACCCAUUUAUAUGGAGGUGGGUUUGCCUUCUCGAGCCCCCGAAUUUUGUGCAUUCCAAGAGCUUCUUUGGGUUUAGGUUUGAUUAUAUGUUACGAAUGACUACAAGGUGGUAA